UAAGGCAUUUUUGUAUGUAUGCUGGUCGCCAUGAUGGGGUCCCUUCCACUGUGAUUCAUCGAUGUGCACACCGUUUCUGUUUUAGAGAAGGAGUGACAGUGUUCGAACAUCAUCCGUGACAUUCUUUUGCGUUUGUGGAGUUGAGCGUGAUUCGAGAUGAAAUUGCGGGUCGGCUCUCAACCUUUUCAACAUGGAGAUGGACCUGAGAUCAAAGCUGUUGAAGCAGCCAGCAGCCAGGCUCUCGUGGGCAUCUGCGUCGGCAGCGCCCUCCUGGUGGUCACACUUGCGGCCGUAUCGUGCGUCUGCUACAAGCGCCGUAGUGCUGUCAAGCUUCAGCAGUCUCUGCGCAAGUCCUCCGACAAGAACGUCCCGCUGAGAAGGCCGACGGCAGUGAGGUCACCGAGCAGCGGACCUGCAGGCCCCAUUCUCAAGAAAUCACCCAGUCCGACCGGAGGACGAUCACCACCUGGCCAGAAGACACCUCCUGGACAAAUCAUAGGCAGUAAGACGCCUCCACUCGCUCAACCGUCGACGAAGGAGAGUCGUUCGGUGACCAAGUACCAUGUCGAGAACGAGAAGGAGAAGAAAGCUGUCACUCCAACCAAGGAAGAGGUAACAGAAUCGAAGGAGAAAGAGGUGACGGAGGAGAAGCCGACCCAACUGGGUAAACUUCACUUCCGCCUACGGUACAACUUGGAAAAGCACGCUCUCCUCGUGACCAUUGUUCGUUGCUCGGACCUUCCCGCCCGGGACCCCAACUCUGGUUCAUCCGACCCUUACGUCAAACUGCAACUUCUGCCUGAGAAGCAACACAAGGUGAAGACUCGCGUGCUUAGGCGGACCUUGAACCCGGUUUACGACGAAGACUUCACCUUCUACGGCAUUAAUCCCAAUCAGCUGCAGGCGACCACUCUGCACUUUGUGGUGCUCAGUUUCGACCGCUACUCGCGCGAUGACGUCAUCGGCGAAGUCAUCUGCUCCAUGUCUGGUGUUGACACGGAGCACUUGGACAAGACCAUCUCUCUCACUAGGGACAUUGCUCCCAGGCACUUCAAGAUCCGGGCUCAAGGCCGUGGUGAGCUACUGGUGUCUCUCUGCCACCAGCCAGCUGCCAAUCGGCUCACUGCUGUCGUUCUGAAAGCGAGAAACUUGCCCAAGGUCGACAUCACUGGACUUUGUGACCCGUACGUGAAGAUAUACCUCCUGUACAACAACCAGCGCAUCGCGAAGAAGAAAACACACAUCAAAAAGCGCACCAUCAACCCGGUUUUCAACGAAUCCUUCGUGUUCGAAGUCCCUUACAACGAGGGUCUCGACAACCUCAGCCUCGAAUUCCUCGUCCUCGACUGGGACAGAGUGACCAAAAACGAAGUGGUCGGCCGAUUGGAGCUCGGUCCGCACGGGUCACCCGCGGCGCAGCAACAUUGGGCAGAAGUUUGUAGCUCGCCCAGGCGACAGAUCGCCGAAUGGCACAAGCUUAGGGAGUGAGUGUGUGUACCGUAUUAUUCGGGAAAAUGAGGAUGUUUUAUUUUCUUGGUCUGUUGUUGGGUGCAAAGGAGGAAAAGGUUUCGUGUUUUUUUUUUUUUCUUUUCUGUUUCCUACUGAUGAAAGCGUGUGUGCUCUCACGGGGUGAGGGGUUUAGUUGUGAAUCAGCGCCAAGUGUUGUGAUGGACAGGGGAUUGUCAGUAUUCGAUUAUUUCCUCCAAUGGUCGUUAUCAGCGUUCCGCUACAUCAAGGACAUCGAGAUAAAGGUAGACAAACUUAUUUUCUAGGAUUAUAUCUCAAACGUCGCCGUAUCAGGACCUGACAGCUGUUUCGGCCUUAUUGGGCCAUUGUCAGCAAUGUGCAUG